UUUGUGCAGGUUGUUCUGCGCCCAGGCAGCAGUGUGGCUCUUCAUACGUUACACACACCUGGACGCAAGUCCAAUAGAGGCGAUUGUAAGCUCGGUUUUCCCUGAAAGUUAAAGGGCGGACGAACAACACCAAAAUACAUGUUUUUUUUAGAUCUUUGCUCCACGCCCACGCCCAAGGCGACCUUUGCUCCUCUCGCAAAGCGAGCUUACAGCCCUCUACCUUGGGUUUACAGCUAUACCAAACAACAAACCGCAUCCGAAUCGCAUCAGCCAACCACGAGAUCUACAUGUCUGAAAACGGCCCCUCCAGUGGGGCUGCAGCGCCCACACCAGCAGACUCUCCCAAAAAAAAAAACCAGGCUAANAAGUUUGAAGAGAGGACGGGGCAGUGUAUGGUUGCCGCGUCAGCAGAAGACAACACGCGGCGCACUAUCGAACGCGGCAGCCUCACCGUCGUAGAGAGAACGCUGGAGGAAACGAAGGAGGCGUUGGUCAAAAGUAAGAAAAAUGUGGAAGAAAACCAGGCUAACUGCAGCAUGGCGAUGGAGUUCGCGCGCGAGAAAGACGAGGAGCUCAAGUGGGAGCGGGCACGGAGACAGCAGGCCGAGCAAAAGAAUCAAGAGGCUGAGCGAGAGAAGGAGGCGGCGGCGGCGGGACGGCGCCAGGCCGAAGAGAGAGUCCGCGCCAUGUCGAGGGAGCUGGCCGGUCUUGAAGACUCGGCGAAAUCGCUCCGCAAAACCAACGCCACCCUCUUGGAGGAUGCCGGGAUACCAAUCGCCGCCCACGAUUCGCACCCGGAGGAGGACAGCACCCGCAGCCUCGAGGACGAACUCUUGCUCGAGAAGGUGAAGGCCGAAAGGCUGCAGCGGAAGGUCGACUACCUCGCGCCGAUCGUGGACGGACUCAAGCGACAAGCUUCGUACGAGAAAAAAAAGAACCGUCUCAAACCCGGCGGAAAAAUUGGUGAAACUGCUGCCAAGCUGUUUCAGUCGUUCGUGCAAGGGGGGGUGUCUCUCAACAUGACGCAGCAGCUGCUUCAGUCUACCUUGUUCCACACCACGGGGGUGCGACUCAAACAAGAUCUCAACAUUACGUGUGCCCGCAACACGGUCAAGGUUCUUGGUCUCGGCAUUACGCAACUAGAUGAGAAGGAGUUGGUGAAAGCAAUUCUCAAGGCGCCGUUUUUGCUGAUUGCCGGUGACGAGUCUCUCCUCAACGGGGACAAGAAGUUCCCCAUCUUCGUCGCUUUUUUACGACGUAGAGGCGGACGCGCCUUGGUUUGGAUUGUUGCGCGUAUAUAG